AUGAUGUUUCUUCAAAUUUUUAAAAUUACUACACCAUUAUCAGAUUAUCUCCAGACUCAAAAUCUUGAUUUUGUACAAGCUUAUAACCAGAUAAGUUGUACUUACACUAGUCUUAUAGAGGUAAAAGCUAAUUUUAAUGAUAUCAUGAAAGCUGCCAAAUGUUUUGUUAAUUAUUUUAAAAGUAAAAUUGAAAACCAUGAAGAUCAAAUUGAUAUUGAAAUUGAAGAAGAACUCCCAAUAAGACGUAAAAAAACUAUUAAACGCAUGUCAGGAGAACUUGCUCGCGAUGAAUAUAUUAUUGAUGAAAUAGACAGAUUUCGAGUAACGAUAUUUAAUUAUACAUUAGACACAAUUUUGAAAAGUGUAGAAACGCGAUUUUUAUUACAUAAAGAACUUUAUCUAGAAUUAGAAUGUUUUGAUCCUCGCAGGUUUAAAAGCAUAAGGGAAAAUGGUGUUCCAUCAAAUGCAUUAAAAAAAAUUUGCCAACUAUUACCCGAUAUAGAUAGAGAUAAACUUAAAGAUGAACUUGUAUCAUUUGCUACAUCAUGGCCAUUGAUUUCUAAAGCAGAUUUGCAUAAUGCAUACGAUAACUUAGAUGAAGUUAAUAUUGAAGAUGAAUGGACAGACGUCGACUUCGAUAAGCCACAAAAGUGUAAUAAAGAUAAAACAUGUAAUAUAUGUUUAAAAUGUUCCUUGCGUAUAUUAACAGAAUUUAAUAUGUACUCUAUACAAUACAAAGAACUGUAUAUUGUAUAUAAAUACCUACUUACCCUUCCUCUCACACAAGUAACGUGUGAACGUUCAUUUUCGAAGUUAAAACUUUUAAAAACAAGAUUAAGGUCCACAACUGCACAGGAAAAUUUAGAGUGUUUAUUUUUAAUGCAAUGUGAACGAGAUAUUUUAAAUCAAGUUGACGGGAAUCAUAUAAUUGAUAAGAUGUGUUCUUCAAGCCAAGAAAUGAAUCGAUUACUUUCACUCUAA